GCUUGUUUUGGACACGCUGGCUUCUUCUUUUUCUUGUGGACAUUAUGGCCAAUAACACAACGAGUUUAGGGAGCCCAUGGCCAGAAAACUUUUGGGAGGACCUAAUCAUGUCCUUCACUGUAUCCGUGGCGAUUGGGCUCGCCAUCGGAGGAUUUCUCUGGGCGCUUUUCGUGUUCCUGUCUCGCAGAAGAAGAGCCAGCGCGCCCAUCUCACAGUGGAGUCCCACCAGGCGACCCAGGUCUUCCUACAACCACGGCCUCAACAGAACUGGAUUCUACCGCCACAGUGGCUGUGAGCGCCGAAGCAACCUCAGCCUGGCCAGUCUCACCUUCCAGAGACAAGCGUCUCUGGAGCUGGCCAACUCCUUCCCCAGGAAAUCAAGCUUCAGGGCUUCAACUUUCCAUCCCUUCCUGCAAUGCCCACCGCUUCCGGUGGAAACCGAGAGUCAGCUGAUGACCCUGCCUGCCUCCACCACCCCAGCCGCCAUCAGCACCCUGCACAGUCCCAGCAGGCCAGACUUCCGCUGGUCCAGCAACAGCCUGCGGAUGGGCCUCUCCACACCGCCACCACCUGCCUAUGAGUCUAUCAUCAAGGCAUUUCCCGAUUCCUGAGUCUGGACUUUAGUUGUUUUUAAUCCUUUUUUAAAAAAUUUUGUCUCUUUCAGAAAGGAAACGA